GUUUUUGACGCUCAUUAAAAAUAUACUGGCAUAAUGGGGAAACAGAAUAGCAAACUGGCUCCCGAAGUAAUGGAGGAUCUGGUGAAAAGCACAGAGUUUAAUGAGCAUGAACUCAAACAGUGGUACAAAGGGUUUUUAAAGGAUUGCCCUAGUGGGAGGCUGAACCUUGAGGAGUUCCAACAGCUUUAUGUAAAGUUCUUCCCCUACGGAGAUGCUUCAAAGUUUGCCCAACAUGCCUUUAGAACCUUUGAUAAGAACGGCGAUGGAACCAUUGACUUCAGAGAAUUUAUUUGUGCACUAUCUAUCACCUCAAGGGGUAGUUUUGAACAGAAACUAAACUGGGCCUUCAAUAUGUAUGACUUAGAUGGAGAUGGAAAAAUCACAAGAGUGGAGAUGCUGGAAAUUAUAGAGGCCAUUUAUAAAAUGGUGGGCACUGUGAUAAUGAUGAAAAUGAAUGAAGAUGGCCUCACACCGGAGCAAAGAGUGGAUAAGAUUUUCAGCAAGAUGGAUAAGAACCAUGACGACCAGAUCACACUGGAUGAAUUCAAAGAAGCUGCAAAGAGCGACCCUUCCAUUGUAUUACUCCUGCAGUGUGACAUUCAGAAAUGAGCUCAUGUAAAAAUGCUUUCAUGGACUGCACAGAAAUUUAAAUGUUCCAUUCAGUUUGCAGCUAUUUCCACACAUACACACACACACACACACAAAACAAACAAACAAACAAAAUUGCUUGGACUACCUAUCAAUGGACUUGCUUCUUGUGUUUGAAACACUUGUGUGCAUGAGAAUGUCAAUUGCUACAGAAUUUUAAAAGUAUAUAUUAUAAGAAAAAAAAUGCCACGAUGUGAUGUGUGCAGUGUCAUUUCAUGAGUCUUAUUCCUCCGAUGCCUGUGCAGCAUUUCCAUGCUGCAAUGAACUAUAUACUAUUUAUUGUUCAUGUUUUACUGAUGCUAGUUGUAUGUCUCCUAAACUGGGUAAUGUUAGUGACACUGAAAACCCCAUGGUAGUGUAAACUGUUCAUUAGCAAACAUGACACCCUUCUGCUGUAUGUAGUGGACAGACAGAGGGGAAGCUCCUCAGUUCUUGAGUCUGGUCCAGACAUGUGCUUGUACUGUCAGUGAAUAUUAAUGUAUUCAUUUGCAUGACUUUUAGGUUUGCCUUAAUUCUUACCUCAUUUGCAUCCUUUCAACCAGAC